GCCCGCGCCCGUGUCGCCGCCGUGCCCGCGAGCGGGAGCCGGAGUCGCCGCCGCCCGAGCGCAGCCGAGCGCACGCCGAGCCCGAUCGCCGCCGCCAUGGCCACCACGGUGACCUGCACCCGUUUCACCGACGAGUACCAGCUGUACGAGGAUAUUGGCAAGGGGGCUUUCUCUGUGGUCCGACGAUGCGUCAAGCUCUGUACCGGCCAUGAAUAUGCAGCCAAGAUCAUUAAUACCAAGAAGCUGUCCGCCAGAGAUCACCAGAAACUGGAGAGAGAGGCUCGGAUCUGUCGCCUGCUGAAGCAUUCCAACAUUGUACGUCUCCAUGACAGCAUCUCUGAAGAAGGCUUCCACUACCUGGUCUUCGAUCUGGUCACUGGUGGGGAGCUCUUCGAAGACAUCGUGGCGAGAGAGUACUACAGUGAGGCCGAUGCCAGUCACUGCAUCCAGCAAAUCCUGGAAGCUGUUCUCCAUUGUCACCAAAUGGGGGUCGUCCACAGAGACCUCAAGCCUGAGAACCUGCUUCUGGCCAGCAAAUGCAAAGGGGCCGCAGUGAAACUGGCAGACUUCGGCCUGGCCAUCGAGGUGCAGGGAGACCAGCAGGCGUGGUUUGGAUUUGCGGGAACGCCGGGCUACCUGUCCCCUGAGGUCCUUCGGAAGGAGGCAUAUGGCAAACCCGUGGACAUCUGGGCAUGUGGGGUGAUCCUGUACAUCCUGCUGGUGGGCUACCCACCUUUCUGGGAUGAGGACCAGCACAAGCUAUACCAGCAGAUCAAGGCUGGGGCCUAUGAUUUCCCAUCCCCUGAGUGGGACACCGUUACUCCUGAAGCCAAAAACCUCAUCAACCAGAUGUUGACCAUCAACCCUGCCAAGCGCAUCACGGCCCAUGAGGCCCUGAAGCAUCCAUGGGUCUGCCAACGCUCCACGGUGGCCUCUAUGAUGCACAGACAGGAGACUGUGGAAUGCCUGAAGAAGUUCAAUGCAAGGAGGAAGCUGAAGGGAGCCAUCCUCACCACUAUGCUGGCCACACGGAAUUUCUCAGUGGGCAGACAGACCACCGCUCCGGCCACAAUGUCCACCGCGGCCUCCGGCACCACCAUGGGGCUGGUGGAACAAGCAGCCAAGAGUUUACUCAACAAGAAAGCAGAUGGAGUCAAGCCACAGACAAACAGCACCAAAAACAGCUCGGCCAUCACCAGCCCCAAAGGAUCCCUCCCUCCUGCUGCCCUGGAGCCUCAAACCACCGUUAUCCAUAACCCAGUGGACGGGAUUAAGGAGUCUUCCGACAGCACCAACACAACCAUAGAGGAUGAAGAUGCCAAAGCCCCCAGGGUCCCUGAUGUCCUGAGCUUGGUGAGGAGGGGCUCAGGAGCCCCAGAAGCCGAGGGCCCCCUGUCCUGCCCAUCUCCAGUUCCCAUUAGUCCCCUUCCAGCCCCGUCCCCCAGGAUCUCUGACAUCCUGAGCUCGGUGAGAAGGGGCUGUGGAACCCCAGAAGCUGAGGGACCCCUAUCAGUGGGGCCCCCACCCUGCUUGUCUCCGGGUCUCCUAGGCCCCCUGCCCACCCCGUCCCCCAGGAUCUCUGACAUCCUCAACUCAGUGAGGCGGGGCUCAGGGACCCCAGAAGCUGAGGGCCUCCCACCAGUGGGCCCCCCACCCUGCCCAUCUCCGACUCUCCCUGGCCCCUUGCCCACCCCAUCCCGGAAGCAGGAAAUCAUCAAGACCACAGAGCAGCUCAUUGAGGCAGUCAACAACGGCGACUUUGAGGCCUAUGCGAAAAUCUGUGACCCAGGCCUGACCUCAUUUGAGCCUGAAGCUCUGGGCAACCUAGUCGAAGGGAUGGAUUUCCACAGAUUCUACUUCGAGAACCUGCUGGCCAAGAACAGCAAGCCGAUCCACACCACCAUCCUGAACCCGCACGUGCACGUCAUCGGUGAGGAUGCAGCCUGCAUCGCCUACAUCCGCCUCACACAGUACAUCGAUGGCCAGGGCCGGCCCCGCACCAGCCAGUCCGAAGAGACCCGCGUGUGGCACCGCCGUGAUGGCAAGUGGCAGAAUGUACAUUUCCACUGCUCGGGCGCUCCCGUGGCCCCACUGCAGUGAGAGCUGCGCCUGGUUUCACCGGACAGAGUUGGUGUUUGGAGCCCAGCCGCCCUCGGGCGCACGGCCUGCCUGUAGCAUGUUUGUGUCUGCCUCGUCCCCUCCCCUGGUGCCUGUGUCUGCAGAAAAACAAGACCAGAUGUGAUUUGUUUUUAAAAAUAAGAUGACAACAACAACCACACGCAAAAAAAAAAAAAAGAAAAAAAGAAAAAAAAAGAGAAAAAAAAGAAAAAAGAAAAAAAUUGGCAUCGGAUGAAAUGGAAAAACAAAAAAACUAAAGAAAGGAAAAAGCUGUAAAAAAUCUGGCAUUUGUGGGGCCACCCCCCACCCAAGCUCCACACGUGUCUGUCGUGCUCCUGGCUUUGGGGACCCUCAG